CCGAGCCCAUCAUGCCAUUGCAUUCCAAUUUCAAUCAUGUCACGCCGAUUAGUCUAUGGAGAUCUCAUUGUUGUUCCGGCCCCUUCUUUGAUUGACUUGCAGCAUUUGGAGCUCCCGUCACACCUUCGCCUUCUGAGACCGGCUCGGUACCUGCACUCGGAUUCCAACAGCAAUCACCACGUUGUGCAACCUUUACGUCCAGAUGAGGAGGCCCCGGAAGCCAUACCCGUAGGGGAUUGCAUGCCUUUAGCGAUCUUGUACAAACAUGUCAGGCUCGAUGUGCCAUCACCCAACAUGCAGAGAAUGAUCGGAUAUGUCAGGAACGAAGCAGUUCAAGACUCGCCGGCUUCCCUCUUCUGUCAGGCUUGGAUCAUCGCAUCCACAUUAGUUUCCAGUACUUACGGCAUAAUGGGCCUGUCACCUCAACUCGAUCCCACUUCAGAGGCCUUGGCUUUACAGGUGACUGCGUCCGAUGACCGUCGACCUGACCUUCCCCUUAUCAGGCGAUUUACCACCAAGGGAUAACCUACCGACUGGGCGAUGCAAUCUGCAUGCUGAAAGACGCGCAGGGCGCG